CGAGUGUUUUGAUUAAAAGCUGUUACAUAAAAUUCGCCUUCUAAUCAUUUUAUAACGCAACAACCGGUCAUUUUCCUUGGUACGAUUCCAUCUCGCGCCUGAUGGCACGGUUUAAAAACGAGCAGAAAUAUCAUCAAUUAUUCGUAAGCGUUUGAUAAAGUCGCCGUUACGAAACGAGGGAAACUGAAAGGGUCUUGUCCAUGCGCGCUGGAAUUUUAAACUACUGUCUUAGCUCAAAGGAAACCAGAACACAUUCAGUGGUCGUGGUAACCAGUUCGCGAAAUGACCCGAGUGGAAAGUGAACUUAUCUUGCCUGCGAAGCAGCCACUCAACGGGUUCUACAACCCGGUGGUGGUCGACAUCGACGAAGACACCAAACAGAACGAGAAGCCCCUCCAGGAGGUGCUCAACACGGCCAGGACGGCCUUCAGCUGCGGCAAAUCCAAGCCGAUCAAUUUCCGGAAAAAGCAGCUCAAGGCGCUUGAAAAGUUCCUCAUCGAGUGUGAAGACGAAAUUUGCGAAGCCGUCCACAAAGACCUGGGGAAGCACCGCCAGGAGGCCUCCAUGGGGGAGAUCGAUUUGGUCAAGCGCGACCUCAGACACACCCUCUUCGAGCUGUCGGAUUGGGCAAAACCCGUGGCUCCAGACCGGAGCAUCCUGAACCUCCUCGACGGAGUCUACAUCUACCACGAUCCCUACGGCGUGGUCCUCAUUAUGAGCGCGUGGAACUACCCCUUCAUGCUCCUCCUGGGGCCCUUGAUAGGUGCUAUCGCCGGCGGAAACUGCGUUAUCCUCAAACCGUCGGAACUGGCCGUCGAAUCGGCGAAACUCAUCGCCAAAUUCCUGCCCCGGUACCUGGACAAGGACUGCUACCAGGUGGUGCUGGGCGGGAUUGAGGACACCACAGAGCUGCUCAAACACAAGUUCGACUAUAUCUUCUUCACCGGGUCGUCAAGCGUCGGGAAAAUCAUCCACCAAGCGGCCGCCAGACACCUGACCCCCACCACGCUGGAACUGGGGGGCAAAAGCCCCAUUUACUUGGACGAAUCCGCGGAUAUUUUGACUGCGACUCGCCGGAUCAUUUGGGGGAGGACCAUGAACGCGGGCCAAACGUGCAUCUCCCCCGAUUACCUCCUCUGCUCGAAGGAGGUCGAGGAGAAGUUCCUGGCAGCUGCGCGUACAGUUCUUGAGGAGUUUUACGGUGAUGGGGACGUCAAACUCAGCCCUUAUUUAAGCAAAAUCGUCCUGGACCGCCACUACAACCGCCUCAUGAACUUCAUCAAGGGCUCGAACGUGGCAAUUGGGGGAAGUGGCGACCCCAGGACCAGGAUCAUCGCCCCCACGGUCCUCAUCGACGUCAAGCCCGACGACCCGGUGAUGUUGGAGGAAAUUUUCGGGCCGAUUCUCCCCAUUGUCACCGUGAAUUCGCCCUUGGAGGCCAUCAAUUUCAUCAACGAGCGCGACAAGCCCUUGGCCCUUUACGUUUUCACCAAUCGCAAGGACGUGAAGGAGUUGUUCUUGAAUAACACCUCAAGUGGGGCGGUGACUGUCAACGACGUGAUCAUGCACAUUUGGGCCGAUAAUUUGCCCUUCGGAGGGGUGGGCGCGAGCGGGAUGGGGGCCUACCAUGGCAAGUUCGGGUUCGACACUUUCACGCAUAAAAAGGGCGUUUUGGAGCGGGGGUUGGGGAAAAUAGCAGAGUUGACGCAGUUUGCGAGGUAUCCGCCGUACACCAAGUCAAAGGGCCAGUUCCUGGCAAUUGCCACGAAGAAGCGGCGCGGGAUCAGCGUCAGUUGGAUCAAGACGGCGUUGGUUUUUGGGUUAGGGGUGGCGUUUUCGUACGGCUUGCAAUACAUUUGUCGGGACGCCGAUGAUUAAUUUUAAGGGCGGGUUUGGAAUUUUCUGUGAUAUGUACUGUCGUAUACAGGGUGAUGACAAAUUGAUUUUUGAGAAAAAUGUACAAGUUCCUUUAUAGAUUAGUCGACGAGUGACUGAAUCAAUAUGCUAUCUAUACAGGGAAAAAUUUUAAUUAUAUAUUUUGUAACGAUUUAUCGACCGUUGGCAUAUUUUUUUAAUAUGUGCAGCUGCCACGUUGUAAAAUAUGGAUAGUUUAAAGAGGAGUCGAGAGAGCUCGGUGGCCUUGGUGAAUAAUUAAUUUGAAAUGUUUGAAACAAAACGACAUCUUUUUUAAUAGUUUGUAUUUAUUUUGGCAAAGUUUAUUCGCAUUUCUCAACUCAAGGCUGAAACUGUUAUACCUACCGAGAGUGAAUGUUUUAUAGUAUUUAGAACAUAAACAGCACAAGGUAAUCAAUUAGAAAUGUCUCAAUUAUUUAGGUACAAAAAUAAUUGGUAAAAUGAAUGUAGGAAAUGUACAAACAAUUGUAUUUUACAAAAAAAUCAAGGAGCCUAAGACAUACCGGGUGCCCAAAACUGGGGCACCAACUAAAUGGUGUGGGAGAGAACUGCUUACUUGUAAGGGUAAAAAUAGUUAAAAAAUACACGUUGUGAUUUUUUUGAUGAAUAUAAUUUUUUUUUAAAUUCAAAAAACUGCUACAGUCUGAAAAUUUCAAAAUAAAAAUUCAUCGUUUCGUUAGGGAAGCAUAAAAACAUUAAAAAAUAAUGAAAACUAAAGAAGUUAACACAAUAAGUUUGUAGUUUUUCAAAUAUGAAUUUAGGAAUUUUUUUCUAUAUUUUUUUUCAACAUGCGCCAGUUUUUAAGCACUCUGUAGGACCACCAAACACAAAAUCCUACUUUUGCCCGUAGUUUUGAAAAUUAAAAAUAUUCCAGUUUUUGAAAAACAAGGACAAACAGUAUUGAAGAACGUUAAAUAGUGGAAGAACUUGUAAAAUCAAUAUUUUAUUACAACAAAUACUAAGUUAAAAUCUACUUUACAUAACUUAGUUUUUUAUAUUAUCGGAAAUAUGAUGCUAAGGAGAUGGAACUGGAAUAAUUAUUAGAAUUACCGACUUCGACUAAAAUAAUAAAAAAUAGAAAGACGCAGGUUUUAAAAGAAAAUAAACAGUGAUCAAUAAUAAAAUUGCGCUGUAAUAAUGUUAUCAAAAUAAAACGUAGGGCGUCCUAGGUGAAUAAAAAAUAAAAAAACAAGCAUUUUUACCCUAAACUAAAUACUUGGUACUCGUAUUUUAUGAAAAAAACUGAAGCUAGUAACUAUAUUUAAUUAACAACAUAAAUAAUCAUUCUAAUUCGCCUCAGAAGUAAUAAUAAGAGUAACAAACGUAACCGGUUUUCAAAAAUAUUUUUUCGAAAAUUUUAUGUUGUCAUAUUUUUUAUUUUUAUUCUUGACACUGUCAAAAUUUCCUUUGUAGGGUAGUUUUGACUGUUUGGCAUUUCUCAAUAUGAAAGGUCAGAUUAUUUUUAAAAUUUAAAAAAAAAGAUUUAAGCCUUGUUGAGUCUAAGUCGAGAAAAAAAAAGUUGUAUUCAACUCGUUUUUGUGUAAAUCGGUUCAUUUAUUUCGCCUCGUGGAUGAUAAACCACUCGUUUAUAUAAUAAAACGUCCGAUUUACACCCAAACUCGUUAAAUAAAUAACCACUUUUAUAGUAACCCACAUCCAUGGAAAAUUGAAAAAAAAUCUCAGGGUGAAGAUAUGUUUUGUCAAUUUUAUUCCAGUUUCCUAAGUGCGGUAUUUUCAAAUGAGUUACAGUUUUGCACAUAAUUUCGAGUAAAAUAUGCACACACACCGAUUUAUUAUCCAUAUUUAGAUGAAUAACUGUUUUGCCGAAUACACGCAGCUCAUAAUGGUCGCUUUAUUUUCCAACAAAUAGCCACAUGUUACCAAAUGUCACGUACUGUAUGAAUUAAAUAAGCCCUAGCUUGCCACUGAAUUAUAAAAACUGAAACGUUUAGAAUUGAGAAAUAUGAAAUAAGUUAUUUUUUAACACAUAAUAGUUACAUAACGGUGCAAUUUGUAACCAGGUUUGUAUCACUAUAAUAAAUGAUCAACACGUA